CCAAAGUCCAACUCAAAUCAACUCCUGUAACAGCUUACUCUGGAAUUUACCUUUGCAGAGGAGCAAAAUAACCAUUCAAUCUCUUCCAAUUACCAUGGCUUAUAAAACUGCUGCAUUGUUCUUCACAUUCGCCACAUGGAUACAGUAUGACCGAAAGAUGGAAGAAAGAUGGUCACAGAGACAUGAAAACAUAGAUUCGAUGAAUAUAUUCAUGGAACAGCAGUGGAUUAGUAUUAAGAAUAAACAAGAACCCCAAUCACAACCUGAAAAAAAGAAUAUUACAACUUCAAAUGAAAUGGAGCGAUUUCAAUUUACAUCUGCAGUCACUCUCCUAAGUGGUUCCCUCUCUCUUGACAUUGUUUCUGUCAUUCUACUCAUUCGCAUGGUUGGAGUCGAUCUACUGGCAUCUUUCUAUGAAGUGGUUCCUCAACUCUCCCUUUUUGGCAACAUCAUCUGGGUGUCCUUAGCCAUUUAUGAUACCACCUUUAAUAAAUAUUGCAAGUGGAGGCAGUCCACAAUCCAGGACACUGAGGCAAGAGGAGGUCAGCAACAACCACUUGUUCCUAAAAACACCCAUGAAGACUGCGCUGGAAUUGAGAAUGAAGAUGGAGGUAGAGACAGGCUGAAUAAAGUAAAAACACAACUAGAAGAAAAGAAAGCUCAUCUGGACAAACAACUCCAAGAUGUUGACAAUAAAAGAGAGGAAAAUAAAAAGGAACUUCAGUCGGUGGAGGAGAAAAUAACUUACAAUGAAGCUGAUGACAAGGAGAUGUUUUUAAGGAAAAAAGAAACGUUGCUUCAGUCACAGUGGAAACUAGAUGAGGAAAAGAAACAUUUUGAUAGACAGCGGCUUGACAUAGAGAAUUUUCUGGAAACUCUAGAGUUUUAGCUAACAUGAAUAGAAAAUUACAACAAUAAAGGGGUUUAAAUCAGAAGCAAAGAAAUAAUGCUAAUGGUCAGUGAGCUUUUAUAGAGCUAAAUUUAUAUAGGUCUAACCUCAAAGUCUGUUUAGUGUCUCAGCUACAAUUUCCUAUUUGUACCCCAGAGCCCCGUUCAUUACUAAAGAGUUUUCAGUUAGAACCUCCUGAUUAAGGUCUUGAAAGCCAUUUGUUUAUUUUUAGAAAUUUCAGAUUUCUGAAACCAAUGGAUUUUUUGGAAUUAAAUGCAAAGUUUUUUUUAUUAUGCACCAAGAUCAUGGUAUUUGUGAAUCAAUUUGUAUGUUGCUGUUUUGUUAUUAGUUGACUAUAAUUUCUGUGUUUUACUCUCUUUGAAUAAAUACUAUGAUAACUUUUAAAAUUCUCAGAUCUUUUUAAAAACUUCUGCUCUGUAGAAUCGUUGGGUUUUGUAUGGAUUUAUGAUAUUUAAAUAAUUUUAGACUGCAAUAUGUUUUUAUUGUCCCAGCUUCUCCACAAAGCCCUCAGGGUAGUGGCUCAGCAGGACAAGCUCAGGUCCUGGCUCUUCUCCUCAAAGCCCUCGGGGUUUUGGCUGGGAGUGCAGGGAAAGCCAGUUUUAACUCCCGUGAUCCUGGCUUCGAGGAGAAGCCAGUUUAGUUCUGCAGUUCUCGUGGUAGCAGCCUGCCUUUUCCUAGGGUCAGAACUAAACAGGGGGAAGCAGCUUUCAGUUUCUAUGGUCCUCACAUCUGGAAUAAACUCCCAGAAACCUGCAGGUCUGCUGCUACUCUCAGUUCUUUUAAAUCAAUUCUAAAGACCUUUCUUUUUGAUGUUGCCUUUCUCUAAAUGACAUUCAUUUCUUUACUAUUUAAUCUCUUAUACUGCACUGUAUUUUUUUUAUUCUUGUUUUUUAUUCUUGUUUUUAUUUUUAACUGUUUCUUCUGUGUUUAUUAUUGUUAUUUAUUUUCUUAACUGAUUUUAUGUAAAGCACUUUGAAUUGCCCUGUUGCUGAAAUGUGCUAUACAAAU